AUGGGCCAUGGCAAGCGGCCAAGGGACCUGGAUGAGGCAAUGCCUCCCCCGAGGCCCAAACAGUCUAAGAUUGAUUCUUUCUUUCUUAACUGUAGCAGAAAUAACAAGGAAGAUAGCUACACGGUUGAAACUCACAAUCGUUUUAAUCCUUUAAUUGACCUCGUACCCGAUAUAGAAGUGGAGGGGGUGAACUCGAAGGCAACGAAAAAUGCUAAUGAUAAUGACAAAGAAGUGAGAGUCACCUCGAAGGGGAGUCCGAGUUGGCCCUGGGCGAUGGUUUGGGAUUCGAGCAUUUCCAAUUAAUAACCAGGACCCUGCGCUGCAUCUUUAAGAGCAUAAAUGGGAUCUCCAUGCAGGUGAAUAAUCUCCACCAAAAGCUUGAGGCCCAUUUGCUGGAGCUGCAGCACAACCUCACUCUGCCUCCGAGGGAUUUAAAGAGACAGUGGUGUACCUCCCCUGUUAGACAUGAAAGUGGUACUGGUGUUCAUCUCCUAAAAUCUCAACUGGACUUUCAAUCUCUGAUCUUACAACCAAACAAAAUAUGUCUAACUAUACGCAGCAGUGACCCCAGGUCCCCAAGGUGGAUUAACCCGAGAGAGGUCAAAGAUCAUCUAAGGCAACUCCUUCAGAUUAGGCCUCCGCUAAUAGAUCUCAGUACAGUGAAACUUUUAUACUACCACCAUCGGUUCCAAAAAGUACUGCUCUCCUUCCAGUCACCAAAAAUUCCCUCCAUACUGGUUAGGCGCAAAGCGUUAUUGGCCACCUGGGGCAUCUUCCCAACGAGAGUCUUUAAUGACACCAGGACUAAACCUCUUUUCCGUAGCAUCGUACAAAAAGGUAUCCGCUCGCCAGACAGGCGCGACAUAGUCUUGAAACUCAAGCUGUCCACCCAGGAACCUCACCCUCCCUCUCAGCCCAAGCUUCCUGGUUUAUCUACUCCAGCAACAGAGAAGCAUGACCAAAGCGGACCCAGUCAUCUGGCUUCCUCAGAGGAGAGGGACCUUAUUUCAUCCUAUGGCGAGUUGCCAUUAGUAGAACAGCAGGAAGUUAUAAACAGGCUUGAUACACUCAAGCAGCAACUUACACAUGUACUUCAAGAGAAAAUCUCCUCAAAACCUGGUCAUAGCAACCUAUUAAAUCAAAGGAACGCAGUCAUGAAGGGGCUAACACCCCAGAAACCCCUGCCAAUCACUGGGACUCCAAUAACGGAUGAUAUGGCAGUCUGCCUGGCGGAAGCUCCUCAUACACCGUCGCAACGCAGACCCUCUUCACCUCUACUAAUAGAUUUGCAAUCAACUACCUCGUCCCUCGCCUUAAAGAGCAAUAUGCCAAACACCAUUCAUCCAGGUAAUCUGUCAAUGUCCUAUUCUUCCAUGCCUGACCUGGAGUCCUCAUUCAGUGCGGUCCAGGCAGAUGACUGUAUAUCCUCGUCCUUUGUCAGUCAACCUCGUUUGGUAG